CCAUAGCGCCCAUAUAGCUGUGGCUUACACAACCAAGUCAUCUUCAUUAUAUAAGCGACAACGUACUCACGAAGUGAUCAGUUAAAGCUCUAUUAUCAGUUAACCAAAAACAUCUUCGAAAUUCCAAAGGAAAAAUGGCUUCUCGUUACUGUAUACUGCUCGUCUUGCUCACAUUCUUUGUUUUUCAGGUUGCUGCUGAAAACAUCAAACCCUCAUCAUCACCAUUUGAUACGGUUCUUGAAACCCUACAGAAACAAAUCAACUAUAGUUUCACCAACGUUGGUCUGCUCCACCGCGCGAUGACCCACCCGUCAUUCUCGCAGGAGAACAACAGGGCGCUGAGUAUUAUGGGGUCUAAUGUAAUAGACACCUUUGUUUCUCUGUAUUGGCUUAGUAAAGACAUUGAUAUCUCCUCUAAAGAACUCAAUCGCCGCGUGGCUGAUGUCUCAAAUGUGAAAAAUUCAUGUGCUGUUGAUGGGACGCGAUUGGGGUUGCAUAAGGUUGUUAGGGUUUCUGACAAGACUGAUUCGACAUCUGCUUCAGUGGUUUGCGGUGCUUUUCGAGCAAUUUUUGGUGCUAUUGCUAUUGAUACUGAGAAUGCUGAUGAUGCUGGAAGUGUUUUCUGGGGUGUACAUCGUCGUAAUGUUGAGGGAGGAAAUGCUGUUGCGUUGUAGUGUAAGUUUUAGCUCUUCUUGUUUUAUGAUGUUUGUAGAGGAUUUGUGCUUUCCCUUGUUCAUACAGCCAUGAAUUUAAGUUUAGUAUUAUGGAAUUCUAGAUUGAUGUCAUUUGGAUGAUUUACCACCUGUUUGCUUGAUAGAAUGUGAAGUAAGAAAAGAUUAUUUUCUUUACAAAAUUA